CCGCUUCCCGUGAGGCGGUGCGCGGUGCGGCGCGGGGCUGGCAUGGCGGGACGCGGCGGGGAUCCGCACCGGCUGCGGCCGCCGGGGCGCGGCGGGGCCCGGCGGGAUCUGACCGCCGCCCACAUCGAGUCCUUCAACUACGCCGUCAGCGAGGGUGUCUACCGCGCCGUGCAGGAUCUCUCCCCGGUGGAGUUCGUGCUGAAGGACAGCCGGGUGACUUUGGCAGUGGCGGGGGUGUCCAUCGCUCCCCCCGCCGUGCCGGCGGGGACGGUGUGCCAGGAGAGGAGGGUGUUCCCAGCCGAGUGCCGCGGCCUCCGCAGCACCUACCGCGGCCGGAUCGCUGCUGAUGUCAGCUGGCUGGUGAAUGACGUGCCCCAAGGGACUAUUAAACAGCCUCUGGGGUAUAUUCCAAUCAUGGUGAAGUCCAAGUUGUGCAACCUCUAUAAUCUUUCUCCACAAGAGCUCAUACAGCAUCAUGAGGAGGAAGAGGAAAUGGGAGGCUACUUUAUAAUCAAUGGCUUAGAAAAAGUCGUUAGGAUGCUGAUUAUGCCCAGGCGAAAUAUCCCUCUUGCAAUGGAGAGACACAAAUGGAAAAACAGAGGCCCUGGUUUCACAGAGUAUGGAGUAGUGAUGCACUGCAUUAAGGAUGAGCACACUGCAAUAAACAUGAACCUUCACUACCUGGAAAAUGGUUGUGUCAUGGUGAACUUCAUUUUUCAGAAAGAGUUAUUCUUCCUUCCCUUGGGAUUUGCUCUGAAGGCAUUAGUGAAUUUCCCAGACUACCAGAUUGUUGAAGAGUUGGUCAAAGGAAAGGAAGGUGAUACCUUUUACAUGAACUGCGUUACUGAGAUGAUGAGAGCGGUAGUGGAUGCAGGCUGUUUGACACAGGAAAAUGUCCUCGAAUACCUGGGAAAGAGCUUCAGAAUAAAACUUAACCUUCCUGAGUGGUACAGUGAUGAACAGGCUGCAGAUUUCAUUUUGAACAAGUGUAUCUGCAUCCACCUGACAAACAGAACUGAGAAGUUCUACCUGCUCUGUAUGAUGACCCGCAAGCUGUAUGCUUUUGCCAAAGGGGAGUGCAUGGAGGAUAAUCCAGACAGCCUGAUGAAUCAAGAAGUGCUUACCCCAGGACAGCUUUUCCUUAUGUUCUUAAAGGAGAGGCUUGAAAGCUGGUUGCAAUCUGUUAAGUUCGUUUUGGAGAAAAGAGCAGAAAAGGCAGAUGUCAGCAUAAAUGCAGACGACUUGGUGAAGGCAUUCAGCCUGGCAACAGACCUUACCAAGCCAUUUGAAUAUCUUCUUGCAACUGGUAACCUGCGAUCUAAAACCGGCCUGGGCAUGUUACAGGACAGUGGUCUGUGUGUGGUGGGAGACAAGCUGAAUUUCAUUCGCUACCUUUCCCACUUUCGCUGCAUACAUAGAGGAGCAGCAUUUUCCCAGAUGAGAACAACAACUGUCCGCAAACUGCUACCUGAAUCCUGGGGAUUCCUGUGCCCUGUGGACACCCCAGAUGGAGAACCCUGUGGUCUGAUGAACCACAUGACAGCUGUGUGUGAAAUAGUGACAGAGAUGGUGCCCAUGACAGACAUUCCACCUUUAUUAUGUUCCUUAGGUGUCACUCCCAUUAAUGUGACUCCAAGCAAGCCUUACGCCGAGUGUUACAGAGUUCUGUUGGAUGGCUCCGUGGUGGGCUGGGUAGAGUGGGACCUGGCUCCUGAGAUUGCAGAAACCCUCCGCCGUUUCAAGAUAACACAAGAGAAGAGGUUUCCUGCACGGGCAGAAGUUGUCCUUAUCCCAAUGACAGGAAAACCCAGCCUGUAUCCUGGGUUGUUCAUUUUUACUACCCCUUGCCGAAUGGUGCGGCCUGUCAGAAACCUGUUCUAUGGAAGGAAAGAAUGGAUUGGUACACUGGAACAGGUGUUCAUGAAUGUGGCCUCACUGGAGUCAGAGGUGGUGCCUGAAAUGACCACUCACCAGGAGCUCUUCCCUCACAGCAUUCUCAGUGUGGUGGCAAACCUCAUCCCUUUCUCUGACCACAACCAAAGUCCACGAAACAUGUACCAGUGCCAGAUGGGAAAGCAAACCAUGGGAUUCCCAGUUUAUAACUACAAGGAUCGCUCAGAUAACAAGCUGUACCACCUUCAUACUCCCCAGAGCCCUCUGGUGCGACCCAGCAUGUAUGACUAUUAUGGUAUGGACAGCUAUCCAGUUGGCACCAAUUCGAUUGUGGCUGUCAUCUCCUACAGUGGCUAUGACAUGGAAGAUGCAAUGAUUGUCAACAAAUCUUCCUGGCAGAGAGGGUUUGCCUAUGGAAGUGUUAUCAAGAUGGAGAGCAUUGACCUUUCCCUUAAAGCCAGCAGGGCAGGCGACAAUUUGGUAUUUGGCAUCAGGCCUGGUGAUCUGAAUAUUACAGCAAAGUUGGAUGCUGAUGGACUGCCUUUUGUUGGCUCUAUGCUACAGCCUGGGGACCCCUUCUACAGCUUUAUGAACCUCAACACAGGGGAAACCUUCACUGUCUACUAUCCGAAUAAGGAAGUUGGUAUUGUUGACAACAUCAGGUUAUGCAGCAAUGACCGUGGCACUGGGAAAUUCAAGAAGGCUUGCAUCACUGUGAGGGUUCCCCGAAAUCCAACUGUUGGAGACAAAUUUGCCAGCCGUCAUGGACAGAAAGGCAUCCUAAGCCAGCUCUGGCCAGUUGAGGAUAUGCCAUUCACAGAGAAUGGGAUGGUUCCAGACAUACUCUUCAACCCUCAUGGCUUUCCCUCCCGUAUGACCAUCGGGAUGUUAAUUGAGAGCAUGGCGGGGAAGUCAGCAGCGCUGCAUGGUGUCUCCUAUGACGCCACUCCCUUCACCUUCACGGAGAAGAACUCCGCUUUGAAAUACUUCGGUGAGACUUUGGUGAGCGCAGGUUAUAACUUCUUUGGGACAGAAAAGAUGUACAGUGGCAUCAGCGGCCUGGAGCUGGAGGCAGAGAUCUUUGUGGGAGUGGUGUAUUAUCAGCGCUUGCGCCACAUGGUCUCAGACAAGUUCCAGGUGAGGACAACAGGGCCUCGAGACUCUGUCACCAACCAGCCUGUCAAGGGGAGGAACGUGGAAGGUGGGAUUCGCUUCGGUGAGAUGGAGCGUGACGCUUUGCUGGCUCAUGGCACGUCUUUCUUGCUGCAAGACCGCCUGUUCAAUUGCUCUGAUGGCUCCAUAGCUUAUGUCUGCAUGAGCUGUGGCAGCAUGACAUCUCCUGUGCUGGAGAAACCACUGCACUCCUCCGCUGUGGCAAGCAACAGGAGAUACUCCUGCUCUGUCUGCAGUGAAGUGGACAAGAUCGAGGUUGUCCCUGUGCCACAUGUCUUCCGUUACUUUGUGGCAGAGCUGGCAGCCAUGAACAUAAAAACAAAGUUGAACCUGGAGUAGCUCUGUCCUCAGGCAUGGCGAUGCUGCUGCUGGGAGGGAGGAAGCACAUGUCGGUUCUGCCUUUGCCCCCAGCAGGUUUCAAGCAUUAAGUCAGUUCUCAGCUUCUUCAAAAGUUUGCAAGAUUAAUUUGAUGUUCGUAUUGAGACAGGACGGUCGCCAAGCUGUAUGGUGAGGAAAUGCGGCAGUGUUGAAGUUUGUUUGCACUUCCUAAAGGAUCGCUAGCUAUUGAGAUGUGGUGUAUGGAAAUCAAGCAAUAUCACUGCUCCCAUGGGGCUGCAGGGUUGAGAGCAGUGGGGGUUCUUCCUUCUCCAAGUGCUGGCUGUGGCUGCAAAGAUGAAGAGGUCAUAAAACAGCAUGAAGUGAAUGCUGGAAAUGACCAAAAAAAAUUCUUUUUGCAAGAAAAAUCCUUGCAAAACAUAUGCCUUAAUGAUGGGUACAUGUUAAAGUGAUUGGACACCUUUGUUUUAUUUCAAUACAUAUUCUUUGAAACUUAUGAAGAAGGAGGCACAACAACGUUCUAAUUGCAAGAGAAUAAGGGGACUGAGCCACGCCUGUCCUGGGAGCGCCUGGUGUUCAUCCCACAGCGGUGGGGUUUUUUUGGUGCGUUUGCCUGAAGCAGCAGCAACCAGCGGGCGUUCCAGCACUGAUCCCGCCCUGCGCUCAGCUUCCUGCAGCGCCGUAAAGUGCGGACGUCGUGGUGCGGAGCUCGCCGUGUCCUGGUCGCUCUGCAAACACCUGGUUCCCUGCAGCGGAACCGCCCGCGGUGGAUGCUCGUCCCCUCCCGCGGGCCCCCGCGGUGGCCCGGCCAAGCAGCAGCUUUAUGCUUCCUGUUAAGAGUUCUUUUGUACGUUUCUACAUUACCUGUCUCCAGAGCCGUGCUGGGCGCGGGGGUACUCUGGCAAGGGCUGGCCGGGGCAGCUCUCCCAGGGCUUGGCGGGAGGCGGUGGGGCUGGCCCCCGUGGGCGACGCGAAGGGGUGCCGCACGUCCGGCGGUUUUCGUCCGCUCCGCACCAGCCGCAGCACUUCGGCGAAGGAAGGAGCGGGUGGCGGCGGGGCCGGUGCCGGCUCCAUGGCGCGGCCGGGGCGGGAGCACCAGGAAGGCGGAGCGGGACGGGCCGUACCAUUGGAGGGGAGACAGACGGUCCCACAGCUGCGGGAGGGGGAGGCGGGGGACACCAGAGACACCGCCGGUACCAGGCCCGUCCUCUCAGCCCCCGGGACCGCCCCGCUGUGACACUAGGUGCUGGGCGACGCAGCUGGCGGCGGCAGUUGGGGGCUGAGCCCUCAGCAGCUCCAGGAGCUAUGGCUGACACGGAGGUUCCCUGGCUGCUGCUGGCUGCUGCUGCACUCCUGUUUCUGCCCUUGCCACCAGCCCGUGCCUCAGCAGCUCUGCUCGUGGCCAUGCGGGUGGUGCUUCUGAAGGCUGCACUUUAUGAUGCUCUGCUCACCGCCAUCCUCCUUGCCCAGAGCUGAGGCGCAGGCACAGCCCCAAGGGGUAAGUCCUGGUUUGCCCUGGGAGUGCAGAGGGCACCUGAAAUACUCUGAAGGUGGGGAAGAAGAGACCCCCAAACACAGGAUGGAGAGAGAGACUCAGUGUUAUUUGGGAAUGCAGGGGGGAACCCCGUGUGGGUGGGGAAGACAGAGGGGCUGCCAUGUUUUGUGGGUGGAAGGGACGAGGAAUUAUCUGAGGGGUGGGAAAAGACCCCAAGUUAUCCAGGAGUAGGGAGGAGACCCCGAAUUAUCUGGGGGGUAAGGGCAGGGCCCCAGAUCUCCAGAGCAGGGAGGGGCCCUGGAAGGCUCCCUGGGCGGUCGGUGGUCGCGGAAGGGACGUCGGGGGGCGGGGACACGCACAGCGCGCCCCCGCCUCAGCACCGGGGCCACGUGUGAGACCGCCGCUGUCACGUGGGGGCUUAUUGAGACGACCCGGAGGUGAUUGUACGGCAGCCGGGCAGGACCGCUCGGGUUGGCUAGCGGCGGGCAGGCGGGGAUUGGCUGGGCGAGCCGCGCGCGCCGCGGGGAUUAGCCGGCGCUGCGUGGUUGCUAUGGUUACCCGGGGGGGGGGGGCGCUCCUGGAAGCGCGGGGCGGAAGUGGAGCCAUGGCGUCGGUAGCGCUGUUGGUGCUGGCGGCGGCGGCGGCGGCGGCGAUGGCGGGAGACGACGACUCGGACUGGGUGCGGCUGCCCAGCAAGUGCGAGGGGACAUGUGGAGCUUGACAGCAAAGAGAAAAGGAUGAACUGAAACUCCAGACCUCUCUGCAAAGCUUUUCCUGCCAGGGAAGCAGCUCUGGAGACACUGAUGUCCAAGCUGUGCUGUGGCACCUGUAUAACCUCAGAGAAGCAUCAUAGUGAGCACUGACCACAUGCUGCUCCUCGUGCCCAGGCUUGGAACCUGUGUCAGCAUGCAGUGAUAGCCAUGGACAGCAUCUGGAUAACUGGACCCGGCAGUAAGUGCACCUGGCACGUGUGGGGGAUGCUGCAGCAGGUGUUGUGUGGAGAGGGAAGUCCUCAAGGCCCGAAUCCAGAGGGGCUGCAGGAAGAAGCACUUGUCCCACCUGAGAAGUAGCUGCAGUCACCUCAAGCCCCUGGUGCCAGCAGAGGAAGGAAAGUGCAGGAUGUGUGCACAGGCUCCUUGGAAUGUGCACGCCAGCCCUAGAGAAGCCACCUCGCUCUUCUCCUGCCUGUGGUACAUCUCUGCUCAUGUCAUUGUGUGGGAGAAGAUGUGGUGGCUCAUCACUGUCCAACCAUUCCUGCUGGGGCUGGGACCUUCUCCCAAAGCAGGGCUUGAAGAAGAGGUGGCAAACAGGAGCCUGCAGCACAGGACAAAGUCCACCAGCCUCUCAGGACCGUGGCUUUUUGGGAGGAAGGACCACAUCACGCCUGGCUUCCAUCCUUCCAUAUUUCCACAUAUUUAGUCCCUGAGAUAUUUCUCUUCUGCUCUAUGUUUUUAUAGCUGUGUAAGACUGUUACAGAAGAAAUAAAGAUUUAUUUACUUUU